AAUGAAAUAUUAAUUCCACUGAAAAUAAACUUCAAUUUCAAUAAGAACUGUAUUAAAUUGGAGGCGGGGGAAUACCAUUAUAUUGGUAUAGAAGGCUGGCUCAUAUUAUGUUAUAUUUUACAGAUAACCAUGGCUAACAUUUCGUCGGUUCUUAGUGUCACGUCAGAGAAUCUAUUAACAGGGGAAUUAACAAGGCCUUCCUCAACAGCUUUCCCAGAAAACACAACAUUUGAUUCUGAAAUCUAUGGAGACUAUGGUGAAUAUCUUGACGAUGGUGACUAUGGUGAAUAUGGCUCGUGUGUUUACGAGCGACAUGGAGCUUCUUUUCUUCCGGGCAUCUACUGUACAUUCUUCCUCCUGGGCUUUGUCGGGAACUCUCUGGUUGUGUGGGUCAUCGUCUGUGGUGUGCAACUACGCAACAUGACUGACGUGUGCCUCCUGAAUUUGGCCGUUGCGGAUCUCCUGUUGGUCGGCUGCCUUCCCUUCUUAGCCUACCAAAGCCGGGACCAGUGGAUAUUUGGGGACACUAUGUGCAAAGUGUUGCUGGGUAUUUACCGUAUCGUUUUUUAUUCGAGCAUUUUUUUCAUCACGGUUAUGAGCAUUGACAGGUACUUAGCAAUAGUGCAGGCAGUUUAUGCCAUGAGGGCACGAACACGCUCCUUUGGUAUAUUUGCAGCCAGUGUCACAUGGGCAACAGGAUUUUUGGCCUCUUUUCCUGAACUCAUCUACCUAAAACAGCAGCCAGGUCCCAUGAACUCCACAGUCUGUUACCCCGUGUAUUCCACAGACACAGAUCAUCACUUCUGGUGGGUUUUUGGCCUUUUUAAAAUGAACAUUUUGGGCAUGUUGAUUCCCAUCGUCAUCAUGUCUUUCUGCUACUCGCAAAUAAUCAGGCGGCUGCUUUCCAGUCAGUCAUCAAAAAGACAAACCAUCUAUUUGGUCGUCACUGUGGUUGCCGUCUUCUUCUUAUGCUGGGUGCCCUACAAUGUGGUGUCCUUCUUCCAAGCACUUGAGCUGUUGCAUGUUUACACAAAGUGCAAUAGCAGCAAAGUCAUCAGAUUGGCUGGACAAAUCACAGAGGUCAUCGCCUACCUCCACAGCUGCCUCAACCCUGUGCUGUACGUGUUUGUGGGACAGAAGUUCCGGAGGAACCUACUGAGGUUGAUCAACCGGACUCCCUGUGGUCUGUGCCAGCGUCUCAAGGUACUCAUACCACAGCAACAAUUGAGCAGGUUCAACAUCUCCCAAACCAGCAGCCUGGAUGAGAGGAGCACAGCUGUAUGAAGUUGGUGCAUCAUUCAGUUUGGACUAUUUUCUCAGGGGAUUUCUUUUAUGUCAAUAAUUCAGAUCAGCCCGUUAAGUCCCAAUAGAUUAGCCGUAGAACCAGUGGGUUUUAUUUUACAGAGUUGGUUUGUACACAAAUAGCUUUUCUAACAAGUUGCACAAACUGCUACAACAAGGACUGUGUCAUGAAUGAAAUAAAUCACACUCCCCAAACCCCCAAAAGUAUGUGUAUUGUGAGUUGUCUAUCAUAAGCGGAGUUUUAAAGGGGGGCCACGCCACCCCCCGGUGGCCGAAAAGUGUCAUUGCAUAUAAUUGAUUUUCCUAUGGACCCCAAUCACUUGACGUCACAACUCCGCCCCCCUGACUGGUGCCGCCAUAUUGUCCGUCAGCUCAUAGUGUUUACAUAUUACCGCUACGUACAUUCCUCCUAUUACUGCGUGUUUUUCUGCUUGUCUAAGGAAUCACCCCCUAGUAAAUGAACCCAAAAACCCUCCUGACAAUCGUUAACAUUGAUUAAUCAAAAUGGUGAAGGCCGGGGUCGCGUUAACCGAAUAUUUUCCGUCGUUGACCGA